GUCGGAUAAGAAGGGCGAAAGGGGCACGCAAAACCCCGAAGAAACCCCACACGCAUUUUUUCCUCUCUGGAACAAAAAAUCUACCCGUAAGAUCGCAAUUCUGUCUUUCAGUGGCUGCCGCCGGCGAAGUUAAGGGGCAGUGAAAAAGGAAGGGCGAGAGAAGAAAGUGGGUAUAGCGAGUUAGGAGUGACAAUGGUAUCUAUGGAGGUGGUGUACCCGGAUGAUUUCCGAUGUCCGAUUUCACUCGAAGUGAUGACAGACCCGGUGAUCCUUGCCUCCGGCCACACCUUUGAACGCGCCUCCAUCCAGCGUUGGAUCGAUUCCGGCCAUCGGACUUGUCCGGUGACUAUGUUACCUCUUCCUCCUCACUCUUCUCUCAUUCCUAAUCACGCGCUCCGUUCUCUCAUCGCCAACUUCUCCCCUUUCACGGCUGGUCCCUCCCGUUCGAAUUCGAUGUUUUCGGGGCAAGAAGCUCUCAUUUGUUCUCUUUCUUACCCCACAGACGUUGCGACGCUCUCACUUCUCCUCCGCCUCACCAAAGAAGACCCUGCUUUCCGGCACCGUCUUGCAGACUCCGGUGCUCCAUCUGUCCUCCUCCGACACGCUGAGUUAUCGGAUCCUGAUGACCUCCAAGCUCUUUCGCUUCGCAUACUCCUUUACCUCUCGUUGGACGGCGACGAUGCUCGCGUUGGCCUAGUUGCGGAUGGCGCCCUAGAUCCCCUAACCCAUGCCCUCGCCGCCGGAGGGCCCAACGCUGCCCUAGCUGCCACCAUCCUCACCAGCCUUGCGGUGGUUGAGGUCAACAAGUGCACAAUUGGCGCUCACCCUUCUGCAAUACCGACCCUCUCGGGCCUCAUCCGUAGCGGCAAGGGGAGAGAACGCCGCGAGGCUGCCACUGCGCUCUACGAACUCAGCAAGUUCCCGGAUAAUCGCCCUCGUGCUGUGCGGUCAGGCGCGGUGCCCGCUCUGGUAAGCUUUGCCAGCGAUGGUUCCGAGAGGGCAGUUGAGGUUCUGGGAUUGAUUGCGAAAUGUAUAGAAGGGAGGGAGGCUAUGAGGAACGUCAAGGGUUUUGUUAAAGUUUUGGCUGGAGUUUUGCGGGAAGGUAGGGCUAGAGGGGUUGAGCACGCACUUUUGGUUCUGAAUUUGACUUGUUCUGAUAGUGUGAAUAUGAUCUGCGAAGUAAAACAAGAGGGGGUUGAAGAAAUAUGCUUCAUGCUGGUUGAGUUGGAUAACGGGAAGGUUGGGAGGAAUGCUUUGAUGAUGGUCAGAACUUUGGAGAAGGGAGCAAUGGGCGGCUUCAGAUGACUUGUUCUUGGUUUUUUAUUUCAUAGAGAUUUUGCUUCACAGUAGGCGGAGAAGUAGAAGGUAAGCCUGGUUUAUGAUACUGUAAAAAAAAAAAAAAGGAGAAAUCUUAUGAAGUAGUCCUGUCAAUAUUGAAAAGCUGUAGCUUGCAACUUUUGGCUGUAAACCUUUGCUAAGAAGUAAUUUGAUCAUGUAUUUGUACAUAA